GCGCCGCCCGGGCGCGCACGUGGUGGUGCUGACGCAUGGAUGCUGGCGGCGGGGAUGGCGGCAGGGGUCGCGGCCCCGGCCCCGGCCCGGCUCUGGCAGUCUGCGGGGCGCUGAUGGCUGCCAGCGGUGGCAGCCGUCUCCUGGUAGCGCGGUACAGGGAGCCCCGUGACGAUAGUCUGUUCGUGUAUGACUGUAUCAGUGAAGAGAAGACAACAUUAGGAAAUAAAGGGCAGGAUGGGAAACCAACAGAUAAAGGGAGCGAUGACAUCCUAGCUUUUGCCUUCUCCCCAUCAGGCAAUUACUUUGCCUUGACAGAUGACAGCAAACGUCUGAUUCUGUUCCGUACAAAGCCCUCCUGGGAGCGUGUUAGUGUCAGGUCAGUGAGCAGGAGAUGUACUUCCCUGGUUAUUACAGCUGCAGACGAUAAGAUUCUGGUUGCAGACAAGUCUGGUGAUGUCUAUUCUUAUUCAGUAACAGAACCCCAAGCAGAUGGAAAACUUGAGCUAGGUCACUUAUCUCUGCUAUUGGAUGUUGCACUGAGUCCUGAUGACCGGUAUAUCCUAACUGCAGACAGAGAUGAAAAGAUCAGAGUCAGCUUGACAAAGGCUCCCUAUAGUAUUGUAUCCUUCUGCCUGGGACACAAAGAGUUUGUAAGCAAAAUACUUGUAAUACCCAACUAUCCUGACCUGAUGUUGUCAGCUUCUGGGGAUUCGACUCUCAGACUUUGGGAGUACAAAAGUGGGGAAGAAGUGUACUGCUGUCAUCUAAGUAGCAUCUGUGGGCCUGAGACAACCAAACCUGACCAGAAGUAUCCUGUGUCAAGAAUAACCUACUGCUGUCAAGGUGGUUAUGUUGCUGUUCUCUGCAUCUGUAUUUCCACAGUCUACAUCUUUCAGCUUGAUGCCGAUGCCCGGCAGCUUGUUUACAGGCAGCAAAUCUCUUUGAAACAGAAAAUUUGGGACAUUGCAUUUGAGGAAACAGGAAAUCUAUGGAUUUUGGAAGAAGACAGUGGAGCUCCUCUUCAAUUGUAUAGACCGUGUGAUGGAGAGUGGAAGCCUGUAUUUGAUGAUGAAGGAUUGCAGAUGAUGUCAAAAUACCUUCAAGACAACUGGACAGUAUUUGAAGGUUUUGUUGGUGCAGAGAGCCACUACAGCAGCCUCUACAAGGCCUCAUUUGAUAACAUGGCUGCCUACCUACAGAAGAAAGAGGAACGGUUACAGCAGCAGAAGAAGAAAAAGCAGGGUCUGCAUGGUUCCAAUGGACAACCCAAAAAGAUGAAAACUGAAGAACCAUCACUAUGACCCUGUUGUUAGUUUGCAACUUUUGCCUUGCUGAAACAAACCGGUCUGACUGUGGACUGUUUUCAAAUGUAAACUGAAUUAUGGAAGAAGAGUUGAUUAAACCUGUAUUCAGAUUCAAGUUUUCAGAUAGCCUGAUAGAAAAGCAUUUUGCUUGCAGCAGGUAAUGCAUUUACAAUAUGCCUAACCUUCCAGCAGUGUACAAGUGUUAGCAGUUCUAUCCUAGGAAUCUCUAAAAGCAUGAGAUACAAAUAUUUGAGAUGGUAUUUUCCUUGAAACAGGAUUUUCUGUUUGCCUACUGUGUUCAGGCUUUCUUCUUCAGGUGGAAGUGCAUGGAUUAAAGUUGAUGUAAUUUUGCUUCUUUCUUUCUUUCUUUCUGGCUGCUGUUUUGUUUUGUUUUUUAACUUUUUAAAAGGUCUAUUAGUUAUUGUAACUAACUUGGUAUACCUGGGAAAGGGAAUAUUGCAGGAUUCUUGCUGUAUAUGAAAUAUUUUAGCUGAGACUUCACUAUCUCUGUUUUUACCUUUUACCUUCACUUUAUAUGGUAUGGAUUCAGCCUGUCUACUAAUCCAUGGCUUGGUAUUUGUGUUAUAUUUCUAUAGGAGGAAGAGCAAAAAUAGAUUUUUAUACACUGGAAAGUAAAUGUAAAACCUGUCCAUCAGUUUUGUGCUUUUGGAAGAUGCUUCUAUUGCAGUGUGAUCCUACUGUGUCUGUGAAAAUUCUUUGAGAGCCCUAUGUUCAUACUGCUUCUUUCAACAAGAACUCUUUUCAUGUUGCAGCUAGCCAAGAAAUACAUUUUGAAAAGUUAGAAGUAAGCCUUAUGGCAUCACUUGUUGCUUCAUCAUAGGGCAGGAGAUAUGUGUUCAUCUACCAGCUGGUAUCAUGCAUAUAUGGAAUGUCCUGCACUUUGUACAGCCAGGAGCAGAAGUCUGUGCAAUCCAUUCAUUACCAGUAUCUAGAAUGAGACCAUGAGCCAUGAAUAGUUCUCUAGGUUUCUUUACAUAUCUGUCCUCCUUGUGGAGUGUCAGGACACCUAAAAUUUUUGCAGGUAUCUCAGUCUUCCGAAGGACAGUUGAAUGUGCUCCUUUGACUGUGUCAGGAGCAGUAAAUACAUUGGUGCAGCACUGGAAAUGUGUAUUUUUCUUGGUCUUCAUAAAGGAUGAGAAAUUGCCAUCCUAAGUGCUUGGUGUUAGGGGUAGGAAUGGUGGAGACUGACGUACCUGUCCUGUGAUGGUGGCUAUUAAAACUCUGUUGUUCUUGUA